AGCCACUACAUGAUCAUCUGUUUUGUUUAGUCCAGAUAAGGCGCUCGUUCGCUCCGCAGAUAAAACGCGAGUGUAUAAAAUAAGGGGCGAUCGCACGUAAUUGGUAUUAAUUGAAACAGUGUGUGCGAACUGCCGUGGAAAACAAAACAAAGAUGAAAUUAGCUCUGCUAUUGAGCCUGCUGGGCGUCGCUGCUGCUGCCAAUUACGAGCCGACCUGGGACAGCAUCGACAGCCGACCCCUGCCAGAGUGGUUCGAUGAGGCGAAAAUCGGCAUUUUCGUGCACUGGGGAGUCUUCUCGGUGCCCGGCUUCGGUUCUGAAUGGUUCUGGAAGCAUUGGCAUGAUGAUUUACAGCAAAACAAAACAACUCCGUACACGAAAUUAAUGGCAGAGAAUUACCGGCCCGGCUUUGCCUAUCACGAUUUCGGAACGGAAUUCACUGCCGAGCUGUUUGAUCCAGACAAAUGGGCGGAAUUGUUCCACAAUGCCGGAGCCAAAUACGUCGUCCUUACGAGCAAACACCACGAUGGUUUCACGUUAUGGCCGUCAAAAUACAGCUUUGGCUGGAAUGCUAAGGACAUUGGAUCGCAUAGGGAUUUAGUUGGUGAGUUGGCCGACUCAGUGCGACAGUACACUGACAUGAGGUUCGGCCUGUACCAUUCCCUCUACGAAUGGUUCAACCCCCUUUGGUUGCAAGACAAAGAGAACAAUCUGACAACCCAAGAGUUCGCCCUGGGCAAAAUUUUGCCCGAAAUGAAAGAACUGGUUGAGGCUUACAAGCCUGAAAUCAUUUGGUCCGACGGCGAGUGGGAGGCUCCGGACACGUACUGGAACUCGACCCACUUCUUGGCCUGGCUCUACAACGACAGCCCUGUCCGCGAAACGGUCCUGGUCAACGACCGCUGGGGCUCAGACACGCACGGCAAGCAUGGCGGCUUUUUCAAUUGGGCGGACAAGUUCAAUCCAGGAGUUUUACUUGACCACAAAUGGGAAAACGCCAUGAGUUUGGACAGAAACUCUUGGGGCUAUCGCCGCACGAUCCAAGUUUCAGAGGUUUACACCGUUCAAGAAUUAAUCAAAGAAAUCGUCGAGACAGUCAGCUGCGGAGGUAACAUUUUGAUCAACGUUGGCCCAACCAAGGAGGGAACGAUCAUUCCCAUUUUCCAGGAGAGGUUGCUUCAAUUGGGAGAUUGGCUGAAGAUUAAUGGAGAUGCCAUCUACAGCAGCAAGCCGUGGACCUUCCAGAAUGAAACUGAACAAGCAGGAGUUUGGUACACGCAGAGGGAAGGUUACGUAUACGCAUCAGUUUUGCAGUGGCCCGAAAAUGAUCUGCUCGUCCUGCACCGGCCUCAGGUUGGCCCAAACAAUCAAAUCCUCAUCCUCGGCGCCGGCGACGCGUCGAUUGUCAAGUGGCACGCGAUUGACGAUAGAAUCGAAGUGAAUUUGCCCAGGAUGUCCAGAAUUUCUGCCCCGUGGCCGUGGGUCCUCAAGUUCACCGAUGUUACUAAUUAAUUAGUGUGAAGGAGAAAUCUUAAUAAAGUGAUUCAAUAAAUAUAUGUUAUUUUGAUAUUUAAAUUGAUUUAAUAUUAAAUAUAUUCGAAAAAAAGACACGAGAUCUGAAGGGCACCUUUUGUCAAAAUGAUUAUUGGAAUUUGAAUUGCCCUAGAUGCUGGGGAAAUAUCAAAUUUGUUUAAGGUGGAUCGUUGACCUAGUUUUGGCUACUCCCGCAGCCCUCCACUAAUGAGCAGACCAUUCAUAGAAAUCGCUGCAGGGGUAGACAAAAUUAAUAAAUUUCUAUCUUAACAAGUGAAAUGCCUUUCCAUGGAUGUAGCCGACACCAUAGAUACAAAAAUAAAA